AUGUCGAACGCUCCUGUCAAAACAUUAGGUCUGCUGUGGCAUACGAGCCCUGAUUGCUUCCUAUUUCGGUCACCCGUCUGGAAUGCAGAUGCAGUUAUUACCAAACGAGUUGUACUUGCGGACACGGCUCGAUUAUUCGAUCCUCUUGGCCUGGUGAAACCAGUCGUCAUCAUUGCGAAGAUGUUCGUGCAAGAUUUAUGGAGACAGAAGCGUGACUGGGAUGAAUCGCUAGCAGAAUCAAUGCAGAACUUCUGGAUCGAAUACAGGAGAAAUCUCUCGGCUUUAGACUCGCUUUCGAUUCCUCGGUGGGUGGCGUUCUGCACGGACGUUGCUUCAAUUCAAAUUCACGGCUUUUGCGAUGCGUCCAUGAAAACCUACGGAGCAUGUCUGUACCUCCGCAGUACCACAUUCAGCGGAUCAGUGGAAGUUCGUCUCAUCACAGCGAAAUCCAAAGUUGCACCUCUAGAGGAUCUCAAGCGGAAGAAAAGGGAACAAACUACACCACGACUGGAAUUGUCAGACGCGCUACUCCUCAGUCAUCUGUGCGAGAAGUUCGUCAGCAGUACCGGUAUCCACCACACAGCUCACUUUUGGACCGAUUCUACGAUCGUGAUGUACUGGUUAACAUCCUUGCCAUCGAGAUGGCAGAUGUUCGUGGCGAAUCGAGUGUCUGAAAUCCAGCACAUUACAAAGGGAAGUUCCUGGAAGAAUGUAGCCGGUGCAGACAAUCCGGCUGACAUUAUCUCUCGAGGAAUGAUUCCAGCCCAGUUACAGUAUGAAAAGCUGUGGUUCGAAGGUCCUCUGUGGCUUCGCCAAGAUGCUAGUAUAUGGCCGUCGAAUGUUCCAGAAGAAGAAGUUGAUCAAGCACUCCUGGAGGAAAGAAAGAUCGUUGCACUGCCAGCAACAUCGGAACCAGUCAGUGAAAUAUUCAGCCUUCGUUCGUCGCUCUUUAUCUUGGUCCGAUUGAUCGCAAGAAUACGCCGUUUCUUCCAUAAUACACAGCAUAGAGAUGAGAGGCGUAUUGCUUUCCUGUCGUAUCCUCAGCACGAAGAAGCACUAGCAGUCCUGGUUCGACUGGCACAACGAGAAUCGUUUCCGAUGGAAUUCGCUGCAUUGGAGAAAGGAAAGUCUAUCAGCCCGUCGUCAAAGUUGAACAAGCUCAACCCUAUCUUCAUCGAUGGAGUAUUACGUGUAGGAGGUCGAUUAGCAAAGGCACCAGUAUCAGCAAGUCGGAAGCAUCCGAUAAUCCUGUGUCACCGUCAUCCGUUGGCCAAGUUGGUCCUAGACUAUUAUCAUCGCAAGAACUUCCAUUCUUGGAUGCAGCUGCUUGUGUCCACAGUGCGGGAGCGAUUCUGGGUAACACGCAUCAGAAGCCUAGCCAACACAGUCAUUCAUGAAUGCGUCCAGUGCUUCCGUAACAGACCGAAGGUUUUGGAUCAGCUAAUGGCUGACCUUCCAUCCGAACGUGUGUCUCCAGCGCCACCAUUCCUGAACGUAGGCGUGGAUUACUGCGGACCGUUCCUGAUUAGCUAUCCAAUCCGCAGAUCCUUCCCUAGGAAACACUUUGUCGCAAUCUUCGUCUGCCUUGUAACGAAGGCAGUCCAUCUUGAACUGGUGAGCGAUUUGACCAGUGAAGCCUUUCUUGCUGCCUUCAAACGAUUUGUGGCACGCAGGGGAAGACCAGCCCUAGUCAUGUGCGACAAUGCCCUCAACUUUGUUGGAGCCAAGCGUCAGUUGGAUGAAUUACGAUUCUGUUGCACGCGGAGCAGUAGAGGAAGGAAUAGAGUUUUGAUUCAUUCCGGCAAGAUCUCCCAAUUUUGGCGGCUUAUGGGAAGCCGCGGUUAA